UCUCAUCCUUCAGGGCUGGGACACCGACGGCCCUCCGGCCGCCUUGAACAUCAUGGCCCAGAGCACGUCCAUCCAGAGGAUUCAGCGCUUGAUCGAGUCGGUGCCCCUCGCCAACCUGCUGCUGACCUUGCUCUCCACGGCUUAUCGGAAGGCUUGCGUCCUGCAGAGACAGCGCAAGGGGUCCCUGAGCAGCAACGUCAGCGCCUCCACGGACUCCAACACCUACUACGAAGACGACUUCAGCAGCACGGAAGACAGCAGCCAAGACGACGACAGCGAGCCCAUCCUUGGCCAGUGGUUUGAAGAGACCAUCUCCCCCAGCAAGGAGAAGGUGGCCCCUCCUCCCCCUCCUCCCCCACCCCCUCUGGAGAGCUCCCCCCGGGUGAAGAGCCCCAACAAGCAGUCGGCAGGAGAAAACGGGAACCUCCUGGCCAGUCGGAAAGACCCGGAACUG